UGGGAUCACAGUUCUCGGUGACGAUUGCAGAAGGGUAUGCACUCUCAGUAGAAGGCGAGAUGAGCCCUAGGGUAAAAGCGAAGAACUGGCAGAGAGGAUAUCAGACAUUGAUGCGGACCAGGUACGUCGACGACAUCACUCUAGUGGUACGCGAGAGGGAGGAGAGGAGAAAUGCAGGAGGCGAAAGAAGGCAGCCUGUGGUAGAACAUGAACUAAAGGAACUAACAAGAGGUAGACUAACUAUAAAGGACACCACUGAAGAAGAACUAUACUUAGGUCUACACAUAAGAACAGUUGACAGCGGUAGGCACUUAAGUGUGAAGCCUAGAGAUACAGGAAAGAUAGCGAAGAUAUCUAGAAAAAGUUAUAUAACUGAACAACAGCGAAAAGGACUCGACUACGGGUUGUUUUGUAGAAAUAAGCUACUAACGGAUGAGUAUACUUGGGAGCGGGAGCAAGCCUGUGCUCACCUAGGUGUCACCCAUUAGAAAGAAGUUAUCUGCUUUUCUCUUCCUUUCCAGUUCACUCCCUACAUAUUUGAAAAACGUGCAAGAAAAAUAGUUAGUCUCCCGCGCCUCCCGCUCUCCCGUCUCGGAAACUGAUUACUAUCUAGAUUUGUUUCAAGUAACAUUUCCGGCCCUUGGUCAGUGAAUAAUUAUUAUUUCCCAGCUCUCAACUACUAGUGAUUCUCCAUCUUGUCCGUUGCCCUGUCAUGAUGCCUUAUAUGUUCCAUCUCAGUCUGCGUCUUAAAUAUAUAAUUAUUACUAGUGUCGUCUCCCCGUUCGUCAGCGUAAAAAAAUAUAUAUAAUUAGUCUUGAUCUUGUUGUUAGAUUUGUCUCUGUCAGAAUAAAUAAUCAGUAUUAAGAAGAACAACCGACGCGCAUACCCACGAAAAGCUACCAGCUACAGGUCGUAUCUAGCUAAUUACCAUUACCAACACGAAAGUUAUUACUCAUUUUCCACGGCAAGACGUUGCUUUUAUAUUUAUUUAUUUUACUAUUCAUCGCAUCUUCCAGAUUCAUUGCCAGUGAUUAUUACUACUACCUAGAUGUAAGAACUAGUUGUGUAACUGCACCUUCCAGCUUUUAGAUCAUAUAAGAACUAGAUAAGAAAGAUCGUCCCUACGGCUGCUCGCGCGGUCUGGCGAUCAAAUAGUCAAGUGAUGCGAGUAGGUAAAUAGGAAAAGACGUCUUGCAGGUCUCACACGCGACCGAAGACCCUCUAGACAAUAAGGCGCGGCCGCCCUAUGUAACGUGAUCUGCUUUUGAAAGAAAAAUUUUGGAUGUUCUGGCUUUGUGUUUAGCAGUUGAAGAUGAUCGCGCCGCCAUUAACGAAAAGAAAAGAAGACUGUAACUACCCUGUCCCCGCACUGCUGAGUAAGUUGAGAUCCUAGUCUUGUUGUCGUCCUGGUCGUGUCUCUGCUCGAAGAAUUGGCAUCUUGAUCGCUGUUGAAUAAAAUUGAAAAUAAAAAUAAAAUAAAAAUAAAAUAAAAAUAAAAUAAAAAUAGCAUAACAAAAAUAAAAAGAAUAAAAUGACUGCUGAUGGGUGUGCUGGGCCGGAUGUGAAUUGGUGGUGGCGUUGAUGAAAGGAUGGUUGAAAAAGGUCAGAAUUAUCUGCGGUUGUCUAGGUCGAAUCUUAUCGGAAAUCUUGUGCUGAAUGAUUAAGAAAAAUUGAAUGCUGCGAUGGACCUUCUCGCCCUGCUUUCUAAUAUUUAUAAUCCUCCUUGUCUCUUCUUCUUCUACCUUUUCGAGCUAGUAACAUGUAGGUUAGUCCAUCACUUUGCGUAGGCCAACCAAGCAUUUUGAUUAAAGGUAGAGUAGUGUGCUUUCAUCUUCCCAUGUUGUAGUUAGAAAGAAAAAUUAGAAAUAGUCCAUCAUCUUGCGCAGAUCAAUCAAGCAUUGCUUGGCAUUACUUGAGGAACGAAUGGGAACUAAAGCUCCGCGGAGAAAAUUCCUCGCGUAAUUGAGUUGAUAGCGAACUCCUAGCCAUCGACUCCAAAAACCGUUGUCCCCUCACCCUUAUCAUCAUCCACACCAAAACGUAGACGUUGGUAAGUUUAAAGGUUACAUCCGCACGAGGAAGCAGUAAGCCGAGCGCUGGAAGCACUGGCAUAAGCACAUAAUU